AUAUGUAUGUAUAAUCAGUUCUUCACAGAUCGAAUAAGAAAACGGUACGUUGUGUUCUUUGCAAGUUUUACGCGCAAGAAUAUUGUAGAAUACGAAUAUUGCAUAUAUAUUUUCUACUGUGUAUUAAUAUCAUUGAAAAAUGAAAUACAUAUUAAUAGUGUUUUUACAACUGCUUUAUGUUAAUCUUAAUAAUGCCAGAGAAAUCACGCAUGAAGACAUUAAAGAUGCAAUGUUAAGUUUAGUACAUAUGAUGAGAGAAAAUACUGAAAAACUAGAAAGGCAUGAAGCACGAGAACGUCAAUUGGGAGAACAGUUGAAAAAGACUAUUUCAGUACUGACAAAACGGAUGUCGGUAGUUGAUGCCAUAAAAUUACAAUUAACUAAACUUGACGAAAAAGUGAUGGGAAUUGAACAAUUAAUUUCUCAGAGAGAUGAACGAGAAAGAAUACAAAUGCAAAAAACUGUGGAUACUUUAGAGGAUUUAGAAAACCGUUUGGAAGGAUGGUUUACAGAUAUUGAAAAUAAAAUAAAUGGAGCAAAUUCUCCUGCGGAUACUGUACUUCUACCACCUGAAAAUAUGUCUCAAAUUGUUUCAAAAUUGAACGAUACAGAAGCAUUGCUUAUGGAGAAAAUGUCAAAAACUGAAUCUCUUUUAAAAUCAGAAGGAAUAAAACUAAAGGAAGUCACAAAUAUUCAAACAGGGACAAUAAAAGCGCUAUUAACAGAGAUCCAGGAUAUUGGUUCGAGAAUCAAGGAUCUUGAAAGUUCAUUAGAAAAAGUGAAAGAACAAUCUCAAAACAUAAAAUCAGAAUUACAAAAACCUCAAUUUAGUAUGAUGUCUAAUAUCGAUCAGUAUUGUAAAGCAUUACCUCCUAUACAAAAACUGUUAGAAGAUACUUCUACGCAUAUUAAAGAAUUACCAAGGACUCAUGAAAUGCAAUCUUUACACAAUGAAAUUGAAACGCUCUUAAAUGAAACUAAACAUGAUUUAAAAGAUGUUGUUACCAAAGGAAUUACUGCUAUGGAAAACAAAUUAACAGAAACCAAAAAUGAAACUAAAGAUACAAUUGGUGCUCUUAGAAUGGAUUUAGCAAAUAAUGCUGGAUACGUAAAUCAAGAAUUAAAUGAUCUUGAAAAAGGACAAUCUGUAAUGAUCUCAAUGGCUGAUCAUGUAUUGGAUACUAAGAAAAGAGUUGAAUAUGGAGUACAUCAAAUUCUUUUAGAAAUAGGCGAUUUGGUGAAAGCACAAGGUAUAAAUAUUAAUAAUACUCUGAAUGAAAGAUUUGAUGGUAUAUCAAAUGAUAUUAUGGACAAUCAAAAUGGAGCAUUGGCGAAUUUAACUACUAAAAUGGAACAAGAAAUGAAUCAGGUGUGGAGGCAAAUAAAUGUUAUGUAUCAACAAAUGACAGAAAGUGCAAAAGCGUUGGAUAAAUUGCAUAAACAAAACGAAGAAUAUGUUAAUGGUACAACUUCUACUAUGGGUGGAAUGGAAACUAAGGUGGGUGAAAUUACAAAACGCAUGAGAGAAGUUGAUGAAAACCUAAAUUAUUUGUUGGGUCGACUUUCGCUAGUUACACAAGAAUUCAAUCAAAUCAAAACAGGAUUAGGUAAUGCGUUAGAUAACAUUAAAGCAUCAUUUAAAGAAGUUCAAGAAAAAACGAAUAAUUUAAGACAUCCAGGUCCACAUAGAAUACCUGAUAAUUAUCAAGAACCUAAUGAAUCUAAUAAUAAACCUGAUGGUAAGCCUCUACCAGAUACUGUCAAACAUAUUUUUAGUCCUGAAAUUAAUUAACAUUUGAACUAGAUGUAUCUCAUUCUAAAUUAGACUGCCAUAGAUCAUCUUUUUUAUUAAAUUUAUGAAAAUUUAAUAUAUUAACGUCAUUCAUAUUUUAAUGCUUUGUAAAUAUAAUCAAUUUUUCAGUUUUUUCUAAUCCAAGAACUUUUUAAUAUUUUUAACUUUUCUUCUAAUACGUAAUGAUUAACUCGACAAAAUAUUUUACCUAAUAUGUACAAUAGUGCUUAUUAAAGAAAAUUUGUUUUAGUUAUGAAAAUAAAAUAGAACAAUAUGAAUCUCAUAUUGAGGAUGUUUUAUCGUUAAAGGCACAUAUCGAAUCGUGUUCAAACUUACAUGUGCUAUAUUAUUAGUACAAUACAUUCAAGACGUGAAAGAGAAAGAGUGCGCGCGCGCGUAUAUGUUAAACAUAUGUACAUAUUACAUACAUACAUAUGUUUCAUAAGUACAUAAUAUAAACUCAACACAUUUUUCUUUUAAUUCCUAGGUGUUCACCGAUAAUUAUAUAAAACUUAAAGAAUCUCAUUUACACACACAAUCUUGUAAUCUUAACUUCAAUACAUGUACUUAUACUAUGUUGAAUAUAUUGGUCCAGAAUUGCUUUCUUUUUGUGCUGAUGAAAUAUGUAUUUAGUAGAUCAUUUUUAAAUCAACUUCAUUAAUGUAAGAAAAUUAUAAUUAAAAGGUUUUAUGGUAUUCGAAACGUUUUCAAGUGUAAAAAACUUGGAUCAAUAUAUUUUUAUAUACUGUCAUAUUUAUGAAUUAAUUAUCAAAUUGUGCAAUUAAAGGUAAAAAUAUGAAAGUACGUCAAAUAUUACACUACAAAUGUACAACUAUUUUGAAAGUAAUGUUAAUAUACAUUUUUAUAUGUAUUAUUAAGUAGUGAUUAUAAUGUACAUUAAUGUAUAUUAAAAAUACUUUAUAAAACUA